GUUAUGCUUUACAGAAAAUGUUGUGCACUAAUUCAAAAGGAAAAAUUCAACUUUAUUUCAAGGGCAAUCGGGUCUUACUAUCGAAAUGAUAAUCAUCAUUUCGAGUUGCAUAAUGUCGGUAUCAAUAACAGCAACAACAACAAGAUCAACAAACGAUUAUGUCAAACAAUUGCCUGUUCUCCUACUGAAUCCCCUCUUCCUUCCCCUACAAUUUCAUCAACAUGGUUAAGAAGUCAAUACUUGUCUGAUACUGUCUUACAACAAGAGUUUUCUGAUGUUUAUACACAGAAUACUUUGAAAAAUUUACUUGCAUUAUGUCAAGAUGAAUUUCGUCUAGGUCGUUGGCGUAAAUCAAAGAUAUCCAUAUCGGAUGAAAAUAGUCAUGAUAAGAAAUCUUAUUCGUCGUCAUUAUUGGAUAGUUUAUUUUUAGAUUUGUAUAAAACAGAAUUGAAUAUUGAUCCUGUUAUUGGAGUUCAAAUGGUACGAAAUGUUUGUAGAAAUAAACUCGAACAAAAUUUCUGCAUACACACGCAAAACUUUGAUCAUCUGCGUAUUCGUUUGGAUUUACUCAAUCCUGACUUAUUACUUGUUAGACUUUAUGAUCCACUCACCAAUAUUGGUGUGAAACAUGUUAACAGACUUAUUGAACGCUGUCCAGAGCUACCAUUAGGCACUAUGCCAUGUAUAACAUCAAAUCAAGAUAAUUCACUAUCCUAUAAAACUAUUCUUCAAGAAUCUCUUGAAGUAUUAAGUCAUUAUCUGAUACAUAAUGAUGUCAUAAAUGUUGUCCAACGUUUUCCCAGUGUCCUACUUCGUGGAAAGCUGGAAUUAAUUGACUUAUGUGAAUUUUGCAUACAUGAAAUGCGUUUAGAAUCGUUUGAUUAUAUACGUGCAUUAUCUUCACCGCAUCACAAACACUCUUUACGUCAUUCAACUGGACUUAGUAUAAGUAAAUGUCCUAUUUGGGAGUUACCAUUGGAACAUGUUCGUGCUAGAUUCACAUUUUUACGCUUAGCUGGAUGUUGGCCGUUAACAAGGUAUACAGUUGGAAAAUCUAUUAAUGUUGAUCAACAACUGGCGACUUUAUUGAAAUCUUCUGAUGGAGAAUUUUCCUCCUGGUUGAAUGUGAAUCUGGGGAAAACAACAUUGAAGAGCAAAGAUAAUAACAACAAUAACACUUCAGAAAAAUCAAAUACACUAAUCAGUGGAAUAGUAUUCACUAAAUCGGAUAUACAAUUUUUUGAAAAAGUAUACUCACGUAUAUCAACUGAUUCAGAGAAUGAGGAUGACAUUGGUAUUGGUGACACAAAUAUAAUUGAAAAUGUUGGUGAUGAUAAUCAUGAUGAUGACACUUCCAACACAAUCGUAUCAUGAAGAUAAUAAUAACUAGUAAAUGAGUGGUAUUCUUUUUCUACACUUCUAGGCUAAUUCAUCCAUUGUAUUCAUGUAUACAUACACAUUUCAUUUCAGUUAUAUUUUGUAAAGUUUUGGAGAUUUCUUUGACUGAACUGAAAAUACCCACUUCUUUUUAAUGUAUUAGAAAAAUAAAUAUUUUUCUAGUGAAGCGUUAUACUUCUUCCCAUUAAAACAUGUUACUCACUGAUCGAUAUGUAUCCGUCGCUAAUUUUGAUAUGGCCGGUUAAUACACUUGUAGUUGCGGAAACGAAUUUCUUAUCC